UGUCGGUAGAAGCACUGUCCCUCGCUCUCUGCGGCUCUUUCUUUUUUCUAGGUGAGAGAGAGAGAGAGAGAGACUCUGCAAACAGAAUGAGCAAGCAGACCACAUGGCCACCUCGAUCCAACGGCUCUCGUUUCACGGCCUUUCCGUUACCCAAAACCAACGGCGGACGAAGCCACCACCGCCGCCACCACAAGAGCUUGUGGAAGCACAGCUCCACGUCAUCCUUCACGUCACUGGACCGCCGCGACUUCUCGGAUCUCCCUCCGGAGCUGAUAACCAGAAUCGGAUUCUGUCUCGGGUACCACAGCCUCGAAACGGCGUCGUUGGUGUGCAAGUCGUGGUGCGAGGCGCUCCGGCCGGCGAGGGAGGCCUUGAGGUACUUGACCAAGGGGAAGCAGUUCAAGCACGGCGCCCGCGGUUUCACGGCGAGCGUCGACAAUGCUCUCAAGAUGUUCUUGAAGGCGGCCGAGCGUGGCUCCACUAAGGGAAUGGUCGACGCCGGACUGAUUUAUUGGGAGAGAGGCGACCGGGAUAAGGCGUUUGAUUUGUACCGGAAGGCUGCGGAGGCCGGUGACCGGAAUGCGCAGUGCAAUUUGGGGAUUUGGUAUUUGCAAGUUGAACCUCCAAAUCCAAAGGAAGCUGUGAAAUGGUUAUAUCUUGCUUCUUUUCAGGGACAUGUCCGAGCUCAAUACCAACUUGCGAUUUGCAUGUAUCAGGGUCGUGGGGCAGAUCGUAACAUGAAAGAAGCGGCCAGGUGGUAUUUGAGAGCUGCAGAACAUGGUUAUGUGCGUGCUAUGUAUAAUGUAUCACUGUGCUACAAGUAUGGGGAAGGGUUAGUGCAGAGUCAUCAUGAAGCAAGAAAGUGGAUGAAGAUGGCAGCUGAUCGUGGCCAUAGUAAAGCUCAAUAUGAGCAUGGACUUGCUCUUUUUUCAGAAGGUGAUAAGAUUACAGCUUUAGUGUACUUGGAACUUGCAACCCGAGCUGGGGUAAGAGCAGGAAGACAUCUUAAGGAUGUAAUUCGCGAACAGCUUUCACCAACCUCGCGUUAUAGUGCCAUGCUUUUAUUGGAGAGUUGGCGUACUUUACCUUCAUCUUCCUGAAUUAUACUACUUAAGAUUUUGAGUAGAGCGAAAUAUUAGCCAGCUGGCUGUAAAGGAACCAAAUUUCAGUUUCCUGCAAACAUGUGCAAGUAGCAGUAGCAGUCGAGUUCAUUGUGAAUGGAUUUCCAGGUUGAGAAUAGCUGAGUUUUCUGUUUCUUUACAGUACAUAAGAAAAUUUAGAUCCAUAGAUCAUACAUGUGAAUAUUGAAACCCUGUAAUUCAAUAUU